GUUUAUUUGACGUAUGGCGCCAGAAAGUUGAUGAACAUUGGAAAACACACAGUGUUUAUUCGGUGACCGAUACUUUUAUGCGAUAUUGUCAUAUAUUAUAUAUUAUAUUAGAGUAAAGUGGUGUUGCUGUAUAUUCAUGUUUCAUAGCAAACCAAAUGACUACUCUCAAGCAAUCUGAACCAAUAAUUUCCAAACAUGACUAUUCACCACUAAUUUUGGAAAGGCGAAGAAGUCUUUUCCCCACAAAUAAUUGUGAUAUAGAUUUUGAAUUGGGACAUAUUCAGCCACUUAGUUCUGAUAGUGUGUCGAAUAGUGAAGAUGAGGAAAGGCCACAUAUUUCUGAUUAUGAUAUCCUAGGUGUUAUGAAUAAAGAGGGAUUAAAAACUCCUACCACCAAAGAGGUUUCGCAAGAAAUGUCUCCAUUACAUUUAAGCCAAUUUACCCAAGCCGAAGGUGGCACACCAAAAAAAUUCUCCCCAUCACAAAAUCUUAAAACACCACAUGAUUCAUCUUCAAGAACAAAUUGGCCGAAAUUACAAAGAAGUCUAUUGGAACAAUGCAAAAGCUCAAAAAGAAAUAUUUCACAACUAGAUUCUCCUGUAGGGGAAUAUUUCUAUAGACAAGAGCCUAGAUGUGAAAAAGUUAGGACGGCUCUAUUUUGCUCAGAACCUGAUAUGUCUUUAUCCACAAAAACCUUCUACCCAAAAUUUGAGGAGAAUGUUGUUGAUAAGUUGGACACAAACCGAAAGCAGCGCACAUUAAAAACAGUGGAAGUAGUUACCACAAAAAGUUCGAACCAAUAUAAGAAAAGAAUUGGAGAAAUCAAUAAUGGGGUUCGACAUAAAAUACGUAAACCCAAACAAAAAAAAUUAAAUAUGGCAAAUUAUACAAGAGCUACCAAGAAGUUAUUGAUAUCUGGAGCAGCAGACGUCAAAGGAUACAAAACAAUACAGCCAACCUCAAAUUCCUCUAAUAAAAAAUUAGCAGUUAGCAGGGUAGACGAUUGUGAAAAUUUAAGUGUUUAUCUAAAAGAGUUGAAGAAUAUUGAAAAUAAAACAUCACUUAUUGAACAUGCAAAACCAGCACAAGAAGUUGAUGGAAAUAAGGAAAACAUUUCUGUAGAAAUCAAAAAGAGACCCUUAAGUCCUGUUGAGCAAUUAGAAAAUACUAACAGAAAGUUCUUUAAAAGUGCAAAAAAAAAACGAAUUUCUGUGGGGAAUAAGGAACCUAAUGUAGAUUUAAUUAAGACAACAAGUCAAUCUGUAAACAAAACAAACCACACAACUGAAAUAGUCAAUGAUUUUGAUCUUGGUAAUGAGUCGGAAGUUGUUCCAAAACUAGAUAUCAAUAACAUUUUAUCUAUUUUAUCACAACAAGGUCCCAAAGAAAUGGAGAAAUUAGAUAAUGUAGAUGGAAUUUUUACAGAAAAUGCAGAUAAUUUCAAUAAUGUGCAGGCAUGCAAUAUCUCUGAUAAAAAUGUACCCGAGUCUAUUGAAUAUAGCCACCCAAAUUUGGGUAGAACUGGAUUAGAACAGUUAACAAAAGAUAAGAAUGAAGCCAGCCAGCUAUCUAAGGAGUUUCCAAGCCAAAAACAACCGAACACAGUGACCUUCACCGCACACAGUUCGAUUUUAGCUUCUGAAAAUUCAAUACAUCUCCACAAUCACCUAGCAGAUUCAUUAUUGUCUCCCAUUUCACAAAUGUGUGAUGUAACAUCUGGUUUGGCUCUAGAUAGUCCUAAGAGAGGAAGAAAUUUAACGACUAUUUUAAACGGAAUGUCCAACGCAAGAACUGAUUUAUUUGAGUCAAGCAGUAUGGAGCAGAAAGUGGAACAAAAGAAGUUGUAUCCAAUAUUUUAUGAAAAACCUAACCAUAACUCGUCGAUCAGUAUGAACAACAAAAAAAUAAAAAUCAAUGAAAAGCCUGCAAGAAAAUUUAAAGAGUUGCCAGAAAGCCAAAUGCUUUUAGAUGCAGGUCAAAAGAGAUUCGGUUAUACUUUGUGUAGCGAAUGUAAUCUGGUAUACCAUAUGGGUGAUCCAGGAGAAGAAAUUGAGCACCUGAACUACCACAACUCAAGUCAAAUUCUUAGAUUCGCUGGCUGGAAAAAUGAGCAUGUAAUCGCAGAUUAUCAUAAAAAUGGAAGAAUUAUAAGAAUUGUUUCUUCAGAUUCCAAAGUGUGGUUAAAAAAGGUCAAGGAUCUUAUGCAAGUAGUGAUCAGAGAUUUAGGUUGUCCAGAUGUGAAUUUUGAUACCACUCAAUCACAGGUAUACCUUUAUAUAAAAAAUAGAACUAUUGCGGGAUGCCUAGUGGCCACAGUUCCAAAAACUGGAGGUCACAGGAUGCUCAGCAAUUCAGACUCUGUGGCGUUAUGUUCUGAAGAAACAUAUCCAAUUAAAUGUGGUGUUUCACAUAUUUGGGUAGCCCCAAAUAUAAGAAAACAAGGAAUUGCUCGUGCGCUAAUGGAUGCAGUAAAAAGAAGUUUUAUCAAAAACCUGGUACUUACAAAUAAUGAUAUUGCAUUGACCGCUCCUACGGAGGCUGGUGCUGCAUUCGCAACAAAGUAUUUUAAUACUUCAAAUUAUUUAAUUUAUUACUCCUAAUAAUUACAGUCGCCAGUAUUUUGCUUGCCUUUCUUUUAAGUUUUUCAUUUUGCAGUAAUAGAAGAUAUCUGUAAUAUUUAACUGGAACUUUGUACCUUCGUUAUGGGGACUAUUAAAACGGAAUAACAUCGAUGACACAGGGCUUUAAAAUUUAUGUCUACUUUUGUAUUAGUUCAAGCAUAGGAUGUAGGUUGUGCGUCAGUUGACUGACAAGCGAUUUACUAAACGCGAAAUUUUUAAUAUUUAGUGAAUAUUUUUGGGUCUCCCGUUAUUUGCCAGAAUGUUGUUGAAUGUUAGAAAUUUGUUUUAAUAAGAGAUACAUGAGAUCACUGACUUAGACAGGGUUCUAAAAGUUACGUUGUCAAUUUGUUGGGAAUAUUCAUUUAUUUUGUUUGUUAAAUUAGGUAUAAUAUAUAUUUCAUGUUCUAUUAAACAAAUCUUUCAUGAAACACCUUCUACACAUCCACAGUAUUUUGAAAUUUUAUACUUUUUUAUCUUAUGUUAACAUUUAAUAAAACAAUUUUAAAUUGUCAUUGUACGUGUACAGUUGUAUUUUAAUAUUACUUUGAAAAUUCAUUUUAUGUGCCACUUGACAACAAAUGUGUUAAAUAAAC